UCAUUUUAAUUUUUUUGCUCAUGUUUCUCUUUCAUCGAAGUGGCCGAAAUAUGCCCACGAACAACAACCAGAAGGUUCCUUGUGCAGCUGGCAGGCUGGCGAAGCUGCCUAUAGUUAGUUCGGCUUGUGCCAGCCUAUCAGUCUUGUACACUGACACAAAAUCCAGGCAUCCCUGCCUGAAGUCUGCGUGUGAAGUGCUGGAGAGCAGUGUGACAGCUUUAGGCAUAGCAGCCUGUUACAGAGCUUCACCCGUCAUUGUUAAACUGAAGCCCCAGAUAGAUUAUAUUGCAUGCAAGAGUCUCGACUGGCUGGAGGCUUCAUUCCCUGUAAUUCUGUCACCCACAGAUCAGCUUGUCACUACUGCCAAAAACAAAAUGCAUGAGAUUGAGGCUGGAAUGAGCACUGCAGCCAAUGGAACCAUGGACUGCGUACGCCACGCAGUCACCUGGGUGACGAGCACGAUGAACGACGGCACCAACCACUCAGUUGUGGAGACGGUCAUCAACGCGGCCACUGUGGGACUGGAUACUGCUUUGAGCUUGUCAGAGGCUCUGGUGGACAAAGUGCUUCCCCCGACUCAAGAAGAAGAAGCCCACUUGAUGGAAGGUUUUGAAGCUGUCACGUUCAGGGCCCGUUACCCUGAGCGAUUGUGCUCACUCAGUGCUAAAGUGUGUAGGAGGAUUUACCAUGAUGUCGAGUCCAAGAUUCAAGCUGUUCAGGUCAUGGGGAGUUUAUCCAGGCCUUCAGCUCUGGUUCAGAACCUGCAGACCAGCUGGCCGGCUCUGGUCUGGAGAGUCCAGAGGCUGCCUCAGUACCUGCAGAAUCAGGUGUUCUCUGGAUUUUUCUUUUUUAUUCAGAUGUACAACUUAAAUUCCCAGCCAACCCACAAGAAGCGGUCUAAAGUCAGAAGUGGUCAGGGUCCCCCCAUACCUCUAAAGGGCGUACGGGCUACAUCUGGCUUCCAAAAGGGGAGGGCAGCCAAGACGUCUGGUUUUGGCAAUGGAUCUAAAACUAAGUAAUAUGUGCAUCGUUGAUGUCAUUUCCUGUAACCAUUUGAUUAUACAUUUGAGCUGAAUUUGUCACGACUGGUGUAAAAUAAAUGUCUGAAGAUUCA